CAUCGAGCGACAGACGGUCUACCGCCGCGAGGCCCAUCCCCGCAAUGUCUCAUCCCUGAACGUUUCACAACUACCGGUUGACUACGGCUGGAAUUGUGACUGAUCGACGUGCUGAGCAUGUCAGGGCGAGUUUUAUAGAAAUGCGUUUGGAAAUAAAAUCAGUAACAAAAACGUAUUUCAAGUUCAUUUUGGGAUGUUCGAGUCAGGAGGAUGCAUGAAGGACUUUGAUUUUCCACUUUGACAACUCUAAACAAAUUCUGUAUUUCAAGACUGGGACUUCCAAGUUCGCCACAGGUCUCUAUAACAGCCCGACUUGUUGCUAUCGAAAUUAUAUCUAGUCUAUGUCACUCAUCUUUCUUAGUUUGAACAACUGGCAAUAUUAAAUUAAACGUUUAACCACUAACUGGAUAAAACAAGAAGAUGUUGGAUAAAUAUUCUCGGCACAGCCCCGGCGGUGCGCCCGUCCUGAACCCGGACCUGCAACUCAAACUACCGGAGAGUAAUUUGGGUACCAGAGCCCAAGAGAAGGAUAACGGGACAGGGCCGAAACUGGUGGAGAUAACGGGACCGGCGCUGUCCAAACGGAAACUACUGGUCGGUCUGGACCUGCUCUGUCUGCUUCUGGGUAAAUACAACUUUGGCUAUUAUCUUUUUAUCAGAUUAUCUUUUUAUAAUUCAUCAAAAAAAAAAAUACGAUUUUAUCACAUCUAUUUAUUAUUUAUUUGGCCAUUUUAUCAGAUCAACUUUUUAUAAUUUAAGCCUACCUGGACCUGCGUUGCCUUUUUCUGCUUUAAUAAAACGAUCUUCAAGUUAUUAGCCUAUAAAACAUUUUCAUCAAUCAUUUAAUGGUUUAUUGUUAUGAUAUAGCUAUAUUACAAAUAAUGGUUUAUUGUUAGGAUAUAGCUAUAUUACAAAUAAUGGUUUAUUGUUAGGAUAUAGCUAUAUUACAAAUAAUGGUUUAUUGCGUAAUGGGCCACUCAUUUGCAUCGCCUCUGACGUUUUUAAAACUUGUUCUACUUUUUAUUUUUCAUCAAACUUUAUUGACUACAAUUAAUUUUUUAUAACGCGCCUUGAAAGCUUUUUAUUAAAAGUAUGUGGACACCCCUGCAAAUGAGUGGAUUCGGCUAUUUCAGCCACACCCGUUGCGGACAGGUAUAUAAAAUCGAGCUCACAGCCAUGCAACGUCCAUAGACAAACAUCGGCAGUAAAAUAGCCUUACUGAAGAGCUCAGUGACUUUCAACGAGGCAACACCUUUCUAACAAGUCAGUUCGUCAAAUUUCUGCCCUGCUAGAGCUUCCCCGAUCAACUGUAAGUGCUGGUAUUGUGAAGUGGAAACGUCAAGGAGCAACAACUGCUCAGCCGCGAAGUGGAAAGGUGACGUAGCCUAGGCAAACUUUCAUGAACUAUUCAAAUGUUGAUAUUUGAAUAUUUUGCGAAUUGAUUGAAAUGUAUUUGACUCUGAGAUAGGAGCCUAUAGUUUCGUUUUUGUUUCGUAUCUAGGCUAUUUAUGCUACACAGUGGACGAAAUGAGCACUCACACAAAUCAACAGGUUGAGCUAUAUUAUAAUAAACCAUUUCUUCAACAAAAACAAAAUAAAUUGAGAGAAAUAAAUUGAACGCUCUAAAUAAUUCUCACUCUGCGUUCUCUCUCGCUCGAUCACUCGCUCAUCACACACUAAAGCGCUGCACGCAAGCUCUCGAUGCCAGUUGGCUCGAGCUGGCCAAGGGAAUUCUACAGUUUCCAUGACAACCAAGGUUCAGGGAAGAGCGAGGCCUUGGGAAUUGUGUGCAGUACAAAUAAAUAAAUAAACAAUCCCUGUGUGUGUUUUUAAAUCAAACUGACCUCCAUUUCUUCUGGUGUGUGUGUGCACUCCCUUUAUGCAUCUGACAACAUUUCACAAACUGCGGUUAUGUAAGAGCAGCUAAUUCACAAAGGUUCUGUCCCAAAUGACACCCUAUUCCCUAUAUACAGUGUCCCAAAUGACACCCUAUUCCCUAUAUACAGUGUCCCAAAUGACACCCUAUUCCCUAUAUACAGUGUCCCAAAUGACACCCUAUUCCCUAUAUACAGUGGGGAGAACAAGUAUUUGAUACACUGCCGAUUUUGCAGGUUUGUGCAAAAACAUUCAUUUAGACCGGCCGACUGGGCUAAAGAUGGACCAAUUUGCCCAAGCUGGCCUAUGACCAGUCCACCCUAUAUGGGAUGUACAUGUGAGGACCAGUACACUGGACAAAGCUAUGGGGAGUCCCUUGUUGUCUAGAGUAGGAGUGCUGGUCUAGGAUCAGGACCCCACCUGUCCAUGUAAUUGUAUGUAUUGUGAUCUACAAGGCAGAACUGGUCCUAGAUCAGCCCUCCUACUCUGAGACGCUUGAAACAGUCCAGUCAGACUGCUGAUAGGAAGAACACAAGACAGAUACUAUCGAUGUUGUGUAUAAUGGUUCUAGAGAGAGGAGAGGAAGAGAGAGACAGAGAGAGGAGAGAGGAGAGGAAGAGAGAGAUGGAAAGAGAGAAUGAGUAAGAGAGCGAGAGAGAAAGAAAAGAGAGUGUGUGUGUGGAGAAGACAGUGUGUGUGUGUGUGUAGGAGACAGACAGUGCUAGCUCAGUCCCACAGUCUCUCUUUGUUUGGUUGAAAUGUUAGAGAGUUGAACUGGUCUCACAAACAACCGCUCCUCUCCCCUCCUCUCUCCUCCCCUCCUCUCUCCUCUCCUCUCCUCUCCUCUCCUCUCCUCUCCUCUCCUCUCCUCUCCUCUCCUCUCCUCUCCUCUCCUCUCCUCUCCUCUCCUCUCCUCUCCUCUCCUCUCCUCUCCUCUCCUCUCCUCUCCCCUCCCCUCCUCUCUCCCUUCCUCUCUCCCCCUCCUCUCCCUUCCUCUCUCCCCCUCCCCUCCUCUCCUCUCUCCCUUCCUCUCUCCCCCUCCCCUCCUCUCUCUCCUCCCCCUCCCCUCCUCUCUCCUCCUCCCCUCCCCACCCCUCCUCUCUCCCCCUCCUCUCCUCCCCAUUUCCUCCUCUCCUUUUCUCCUCCUCCUCUUCCCUCUCCUCUCCUCUCAUCUCAUCUCCUCUUCUCUCCACUCCUCUCUUCUCUUCCUAAUUCCCCCUCUUUCUUUUCUCUCCUUCCCUCCCCCCUCUCCUCCUCCCCUCGUAUACUGGUCUCAGUUCAGAUCUAAUGGGAUCCAUAACAUGUCAUAAUAGGGAUUGUAAUGUUGUGCACUGGUCCCAGUUCAGAUCUAAUGGUAUCCAUAACAUGUCAUAAUAGGGAUUGUAAUGUUGUUCACUGGUCCCAGUUCAGAUCUUCCAGUGCCUUAUUCAGGUCCCAGUGGUGUUGUGACCUCACAUUCCAGCAGUGUGUCUAACCCUUUAGUUUCUCUAGAGAAAAACCCUGGGUUCCCACUCUCCCUCCCUCUCUCUCUUUCCCUCUACCUCUCUCUUUCCUUUUCCCCCCUUUUGGUCCCUCGCUCUCUUUCUCCAACCCCCGCUCCCCUUCAUAUGAGCUUCUACCACAGAGAGGAGAUUUAAACAAUCAUAUGGUCAGUGUUUUAGAAGGACGUUGUAUGUCAAUGUGAUGUUUUGGGCCAGGAUUCAAUCCGAACACAUUUGUGGUGAUGUUGUACGAAUGUAGGUCAAUGUUAUGGUUUACUGUGAGCUUUUAAAGAAUGGUUCUAUACUGUGUAAUGUAGCUUACGAUGCAAAACCACAUUUCUGUCAAGAAGACAAGUAUGGUCUGAUCUCAUCUCUCUCUCUCUUCACCUCCACUUCUUUCUUUCACUAUCUCGUCUCUCUCCACCUCCACUUCUGUCUUUCACUAUCUCUGUCUCUCUACCUCCACUUCUGUCUUUCACUAUCUCUGCUCUCUCUACCCUCCACUUUCUGUCUUUCACUAUCUCCUCUCUCUCUCCACCUCCACUUCUGUCUUUCACUAUCUCUCUCUCUCUCUACCUCCACUUCUGUCUUUCACUAUCUCUCUCUCUCUCUCUCCACCUCCACUUCUGUCUUUCACUAUCUCUGUCUCUCUACCUCCACUUCUGUCUUUCACUAUCUCUCUCUCUCUACCUCCACUUCUGUCUUUCACUAUCUCUCUCUCUCUACCUCCACUUCUGUCUUUCACUAUCUCUCUCUCUUUCUCUCUACCUCUAUUUCUUCCUCUCUCUGGUUCUUUAUGUUUGACAGGCUGUAGCCUCAUCCCUUUGUUUCAGAGAGUUUGUGUGUGUGGGUUUGUUUUAGGUCUCUAUCUCUCCUUUAAUCCCCCCCCCUCCUCUCUCUCUUAUCUUAUUCUCUUCUCUCUACCUUUCUCUCUCUUCUCUCUGUUUCUUCCUCUCUUCCUCUGUUCUUCCGUCUUAAAAAACCCCCUUUCCCCCCCUUUCCCCCUUCCCCCCCCCUUUUUUCCUUUUCCCUUUGUCCCUUUCUCGCCCCCAACCCCCUUUCCUUUUUUCAUAUUUUUUCCCCCCCUUUUUUCUUUUUCAUUUUUUUUUUUCCCCCAAUUUUGUUUUAAAUUUCCUUUUUUUUAAAUUUUUUUAUUUCUUUUUUUUUCCCCCCCACUUUUGUUUUUAAUUUGUUUAAAACCCCACUUCUGUCCCCCUUUUGUUCUUUCCCCCUCUUUUUUCUUUCACUACUUUCUUUUCCCUUUUCUGCUUUCCUCCCCUCCCUUUCUUUUUCCCUCUUUUUUCUUCUCUGGGGGUUUUUUGUUUGGGGGGAGUUUUGGCAGAGUUUUUUGGGGGGGGGGGUUUUUUUUAAAAACCCCCAAAAAAAAUCCCCCCCCUUUUUUUUCUUUUUUUCCUAUCCCUUUUCUUUCUUCUAUUUCUCUUUUAUUUUCUUUUUUUCUUUUUUCUUUUUCCUUCUUUUUCCCCUUUUUUUUUUCCCCUUUUCUUCCCCCCCCCCUCCCUCCCCCCCCCCUUUUUCCCCCUUUCCCUCUCCCUCUUCUUCCUUCCUUUUUUUGUCCUCCCCUUUUUGGGUUAUUUUUUUUUUUUUUUUUUUCCCCCUUCCCCUUUUUCCCUUUUUCCCUUUUUUUUCCCGCCCCCCUUUUUCCUCCCCUUUUUUCUUUUUUUUUUUUUGUCUCCCCUUUAUCUGGCUCCCUUUUCCUUUCCCUGGUUUCCCCUCGGUUUCUGGGGUUUUUGUUUCCCCCGGUCCCUUCUCUCUCUCUCUCCCUUUCUCUCCCCUUUUGAUCAUAAGUUAUUAAACUUUUUUGGGCAAAUACAUCUGUUAACCCCCCCUCCGGGCCCCCCCCCCCCCCUCUCUCUCUCACCCCCACCCUCCCUCCCCCUCCCCGCAGCCUCCAUCCCGUUUUUUGUGUGUGAGUAAGCUGAAGGCCAGUGAGUCCAUAUCGAAGAGGGUUUUUCUGUGGUGAUCCCAGCAUCAUGUAUCCAUACCUACACACAGAGGCUAUACCAGAUCACCUGCUCAUUACUGGUGGGAUCAUCAUCACCGGACUCACUGUGAGUAUCACACACUCUUCAUCAUCAUCAUCAUUAGCAUCAUCAUCAUCAUCACAUCAUUGUUAAACAAUAGUACAUGUAAUAACCUAUUCUCAGAACCCAUAAUAAUAAUAAUAAUAAUACAUCUCGUGAUUGUCAGUUCAGUUCUUCUCUCGUGUUUGUCACCAGACUAAUAUCCAAACAAUCACUAUUGCUCAUCACCCUCCCCCUCCCUCCCUCCCCUCCAUCCCUCCCCUCCCUCCCUCCCUCCCUCCCUCCCUACCUCCCUCCCUCCCUCCCUCCCUCACUACAGAUAGCUUUAGGGGAGUGUUACCGGGUGCAUUACCGAGGGGUCAGCUCCAAAGCCUUCAUCAGGAACCUCUACGUCUCAUGCCUGUAUAAGGUACUGCAAGCCCCCUCAUGCAUUCAUCAAGUUUUAAUAACAUAAGAUGCUAUAACAUUCGUCAUAGGCAGUCAUAAACAUUAUGAACAAGUGGUAGGCACAAUUUCAUUGUUAUUUGUUGCCCAUAUAAGAAGUUGGGUUCCUUCCUGUUUGGCUAUAUAUUUAUUUAUGUAUUUCUUUAUUUCUGUAAGGAGUUAGGUUCCUUCCUGUUCGGCUGCUUCGUCAGCCAAUCCCUGACCAACAUGGCCAAGCUGAGUGUGGGGCGGCUGCGACCUCACUUCCUGUCUGUGUGUGGCGUCUCGUACGUCUCGCUCAACUGCACCCCCGGAACCUACGUCUCCACGGUAACCUGUAGAAAGACAGACCACCGACUGGAGGAGGAGGCC